CUGGCAACACUGAUAAUAUAGCAAAUCACUAUAAAUAAUUAUUUAUUAAAAAGUAAAAACUAAGCUUUUUUUAUUAGUAUUACGUGUUAUUAUUUUACUUUUAGUGAUAUUUAAGUUAAACUAUAAUAUUUAGGAAGUUUCUAAUCUUAUUCACAUUACAGUGACUAUAAUAUUAAAUAUGGAAAAUUGCGAAAAUGCUACGAAUAAUAAAGUGUCAUAUGACCCUGGUUGGAACGACCCGCCGAGUUUCGCGUACAAUGCAAGUCAGCAAACAGCGCCAAAUCGGCCACGUAAUUUCUUAAACAAAAGGGUAGCAUUUCCCUUAUCUGGUAACAGUAAUACAGUCGCAACACCUCCACCAUUUAACUUACCUCCAUUGCCCACAACAGUUCUUCCCCCACAAAAUACUUCAGAAGCAAAGCAUCAAGAUGAUGUUGUAAUAGACAGUACAAGUAUGCUCAAAGACGUUAAAGAUAUAUUAUUACAAUUAUUAGAGUCUAGUAGUGAAUUAGGUACAAAAGCUGAGAGCAUUAAGAAGAAAAUAUUAAUAUUGGAGGAAAUGUGGUCAACUGGAAAGUUGAAUAAACAAAUACAAAUACAGAUGAAUGACCUAGCAUGCGCCCUCAGGGAUGACAAUCCAAGUAAAGCAGAUGAAAUCCAUAAAGCUCUGAUGGUUGAUCACGUAAGCUCAAUAUCAACCUGGAUGCCAGGAGUUAAGCACCUUAUUUAUCAUUGCAUAGCUAAAUCAGAGCUAUUAGCUAUAGAUAAAGAAUAACAAUAUGUAUUGACUGAAGUGUUUUGGUACUAUUUUAUAUUAAUUCACUUGCAUAUGAUGUAUAUAAGUUUAAAAUCUACUUUUGUUUGUUUAAAUCAUUUGUAUAAUUCUUAUUAAACAUACAUAUACUGUGUAUGAAAAUUUCAUUUACAUAUAAGUAUUUUAAAAGCUUUUUGUAUAAAGUUUUCUAAAAUUGUUAUGUCCAAUCACUGUUGUAGUAAAUAACAGUGCAGUGCUGCUUGCCUCACUUAUAUGUUUGAGACAGUAUGGUUAAAAUGUUCCAAGAAAAUAACUAUAAGUGUUAGGUCAUGGUUACAUUUUUUAUCUUUAAUGCAUUUAGAGAGAGACAUAUAUCUUAGCAUUCCAUGGAUUCACUGUGCGGGUGCCGAGUCCAUUGUGGCAGAGAGAACUCCCAGCAGAGCUCUGGAAUUGUGACCAGUGGAUAGGCCUUCAAAAUUCCUUCUCCAAUUUAGGCAAAUGAUGAGUCAUCAGGGUUAGGCAGCAAGCAUUUGCAUCUAUAAAGGACCAUUGGACGAAUCUAUUGAUAUCCGUGACAGUUAACUCCCCUUCUCCACUCCUGUUGUUCUCCCUACUUAGCCAAAUUUGAUGUGAUCCUAAAAGAGCUUUGGAUUCCCAUUCUAAUACAGAACUUGCUGCAGAUUUUGUAAGGCCAAUUUGCAAAUUAUUUGUGUAUACUUUAUGUACCAAAAAAAAUAUAUUGUCCAAAAUGAUGGCAAUGGAGUAUUAUUUUUGAUGUAUCAGGCCUAGUCACAUUAAGGUGAUUUAGUGGUAAGUUAGCUAAGUGUCAUAAAUUAAAUAUAAUUAAUUAUACUUUAGUGUUGAUGUUGUAAUUUUUAAAAUUUUAUUUUAUUACUGAAUUUUCUUUGUUUAGUAGCUCUAAGAUAGCUGUAUUUAAAACUGAACUGAAAAAAUUUGGUCUUUUCAAUUUAAAUGUUGAAAAAAUGGACUUGUUCAUAAUUAAAAAAAAAUGUAUAUAGUAUAUAAAAAUAAAACUCUUUUUGCCUAA